AUGCCUACCGAACAUCCAACAAACCGCCAGUACACGACAAUAGCCCAUGCAAGUCAACUGAAGCUGUUUAAACUGGCCCCCGAAGAGAAAGCUUCAGUCGAGUUCCCAGACGGCCACAACAGCAUGGACAGUGAUGUACAAAAGGUGAUAAUAAAAACUCAGUGCAAUAAAACUUGCGAUGGAAAGCUCGUUUAUGCGGAGGAAAAUGCAUUGUGCUUUUUGAGAUUUAAGAGUAUUUACUGGACGGCUACAAUUGAAUCUGGAAAGUGUGUGAAUGGGGAAUGCAGAGAAACGAACGAAAGCGAAAUCUACAAGCGAGAGCUUCUCGAACCUUUGUAUGAUAUAAGAGAUCGUACACAAUUGAUAAAAUGGCCUUUCAAAUGCCAGUUCACUAAUAUCCAGGAUAAAAAUGACGCGGUAUUUCUUUCAACGGAGUGUAGCCUUUAUUGUGACAAAAGAACAGUCAAGCUGCGUGAAGACGGAACACCAUGCACUUUCUCAAUAGAAUUGAGAGAUGUUGAUAGUGCUAUCAUCACCCCUGGAGUGUGUGAUGGUGGCAAGUGUAUGGACAGAAACUGUACAGCAGUGGAAGUUCAAAAAGAACUAGUCUUCAACCCUUACGAAGAAUCCUAUGGAGAUUACAAAAAAAGGGGGCCCAAAUAA